AUGUUUUGUAUCAGUUGUGUCAUUAUUAUACCUGUUUACCGGUGCCGUUUUUUUUUUUUUAAUCUUUUGUUGCAGUCUUUUAUUGGGGGAGAGGGAAAAUUGUUAGGGAACAACCAAGCUGAAGGGAACGGGGUCUGCUUGGCGAUGCAGAGAGGGGGGUGGGAGGCGGUGUCGCAGGACGAUCAUGCCGGAAACGACACGAGCGGUGCGGCGGGCAGCGAUGAUCGCACGAACGUCACGCGCAGCGGCCAGUUGGCUGCCGACACGAAUGCGAAUUUGUUACGGGCGUUGCGGAUGAGUGAGGCGACGAACGAGACGGGCUACGCGACGCUGCAGCAGUUAGGCCGACAGAAGGAGACAAUUGGCCGCACACUGGCCAGCGUGGAUGGCACGCGGGAGGAUUUGAGCGGGGCCCGGCGAGCCAUUCGUGACAUCCGCAUAGGCGUGUACAAGGAAUGGGCAGUGAAGGCGCUUGUGCUGCUUCUGUUGCUGGUGAUGGAUAUCAUUCUCUUUUAUAUGAAGUUCGUUCGAAAGUAA